AUGAGUACUGAGUUAUCUGCAAAAUUUAAAGCAAUGCAGGUAGAGAGAAACGCCCCUGAAGACCAGCAGUUCAAGGAAUGGGAAAAUCAUCCUUGCUGUGUCCUACUUCCUUCACCUGAGAAGCUGGAUACAUCGAUGAACUCACCAGGCUCAGAUGUUACAGAUACUUUAGAGGACUUUCAACGGAUUAAAAACUGGGCAAAGGAGAAUAAAUUGCUGAACACAGGGUUUUCUGAUUACCGUGAAAGACAAAACAAACAGCUUGAAAAGUGUAGUUUUAAAAGCCUUGUCCAGCUCGCAUUCAGCAGAGCAUUUGUAGCAAUGCGUAACACAAGAAACCCUGAUCUAGAGGAGUUGGUGUUUUGGUUUUACACAGGUCAUGGGCUUGGCAAGGAAACCGCCAAAACACUGGAAUAUUUGUCAACCCCUUGCCUUAGCAAUGUUGAUUUAAAUCAUAAUUAUCAUGAUGAUUCAAUCGUUUUUGAUUUUGUACAGAAAGAGAGGAAAGUACAUGGAGGGGAGCUCUGCCUACACAUGGGUGGCUUUUGUGAUCUUUAUGGCCUGUUGAAGCCAUGGAUUGCAGCUGUGAAAUCAGAGUCAAUAAAUGCCCCGGGUCAAAAGAAAAAUAAGCACCUUGUCGUCAUCCUAGAUAGCUGCCAUUCAGGGAUAAUUGCACAGGAGUUGAAAGAGUUUGAGAAGCAAGUCCGAAAGAAAGAUGAAUCUUUUUUGAAAGAAAAUAGCGUGACCAUUCAAGCUGCCUGUGGCCCUAAUGAGCGCACGUUCGGAGGUUAUUUCACUCCUCCCUUUCUCUACCUGAAUGAUCCACAGAAUAAGAAGCUUUUGGAACAGUUGAGGAAAAGUUGGAAACAAAUGACAGAUGAAAAGAAAGAUGAAUACAGAUCGAUUGAACUCCCAUCUCCAAUGGUGGUAACUACGAGGGCUUCGCUACAGGGCACUGAAGAGCAAGCUCAGCCUCCCCCACUCAGGGUGGUACAGUGGACCCUCAGCCUCCCCCUGCUCAGGGUGGUACACUGAACCCUCAGCCUCCCCCCGCUCAGGGUGGUGCAGUGAACCCUCAGCCUCCCCCCGCUCAGGGUGAUACAGUGGACCCUCAGCCUCCCCUCGCUCAGGUUGGUACAGUGGACCCUCAGCCUCCCCCGCUCAGGGUGGUACAGUAGACCCUCAGCCUCCCCCCGCUCAGGGUGGUACAGUGGACCCUCAGCCUCCCCCCGCUCAGGGUGAUACAGUGGACCCUCAGCCUCAGAAUGUUACAAUGGAACUCAAUGUUCAGAAUUUCAAGUUGACACUCUUCCCAGAUGCUGGAUUCUUCAAGUUCUGUUCCCUUAAGGUCUUUCAAUAUCAACAAGCCAAGGCGUUAGAGCCUUUAGUGAAAGAAAGAGCACUAUACCGUGCCACAGUGGAAGCAUUUAUGAAGUCCAAAAGAUUUAAAGUUAUUGACUACAAGCUCAACACAUACACAGGAACUGGUCCAGCUGACAAAAACGCUGGAUCUCCGAAAGGCCUGUUCCUGCUGGAUGAUCCCCACAACCCUGGCUUUGCUGUCUGUGCACACGUUCAUUUCAAAGCAGGAAGUACAGAUGUCAAUGACGUUCAAAGAAUCAAUCUCGUACACCACAAGAGACCGCCCGGUAGAUGCAUUGAGUACGUGGAAGAUGGUGGAAAGUUUCGGGUUAAUAUAGACAAAACUGCUGAUGCUGCUCGUGAAUUGGUAAAAGCUUGUCGUCAGUAUGUAGAUACAAAUGAACCAGGCAGGUGGAAUAAUGUCAGCCAAUGGAACAUGACAGGGAGUCAACUUAGUGUCAAUGGAAAAUUUAGAUUGAACGAACGUUCUGCUUGGGAACAAAGCUAUUUGACGUCCAUUAAAAAGUAUAAACUUCCUGAAAAGGUUCCUACCAACUCCUGGCACCGUUUUCCGCUUUUAUCAUCAUUUUUUGUUUUGUUUGCCAUCUCCUUUCAUUUUUACUUAAACAUGCGUGCUUAA